ACAAAAAUGUAAUGAUAUUUAUAUACCCCCACAGCUGCCAGCAAACUCACAUGCGUCAUGAGUCAUUCCAGAUGUGGAUAUAAAACAGAGCCCGUCUGUGCAAAUGAAUUCCCUGAUCCCAAAGAGACUUGGUUUAAGGCGAGGUGCCGCUAGUUUUGUCAGGGGAAAAAAAUUGCGCUCAGCAAGUUUUUCCUGCUACCAGGAGGGAAGAGGAUAAGAAUUUGCUGGCUGUUACAGAUACAAGGAGAAGGCUGGGAAGAAAGGCCUAACCUAUAGGCACAGCUAGGGCACUAUUUUUGGACAAUCAAGGAUGCACUUGAAGACGGUGCUGCUGCUAUUGUUAUAUUACAAUGCUCAUGCCACUGUGCCUCCCAGGUGGAACCGAGCGAUGCUCUUCCCAUCCGCUCAGCGAGUGAAGAGGUCUUCGGCAGCUCUCCUCAACCCAGUGCUUCAGAAGUCUCAGGAUGAUGUGGACCUUCUGUUUGAGCUUCUUCUAAGUGAGCUGCAGAUCAACGGCGACCUGAAGAUCUCUGUCAAAGAUGAGGAGCUGGCUUCGAUGAGGAAGGCGACUGCCUUUGACACUCUCUGCAAUGACGUCAUCCCUAAAAGCAUCACGGACAUUCGCCGACUGAGUGCCAGGCUGCUGGGCCACCCUGGGGUGCUAAAGAAAGAGGAUUUCGAGAGGACAGUGUUGACCAUGGUCUACACAGCCUAUAGGGCAGCUCAGUCCCAAGGUCACCAGAAAGACACGUGGGCUGAAUCCUUUGUGGAUCUCUACAAGGCCCUGAAGCAUGACUUGACAUUCUCAACCAGCCAGACGUCCUCAUCUCAACGGACUUUGUAGUCCAGAAAUUUACUUUAUUAGGAAGCACACCAGCCUCUUUGCUUUGUUUUUGUAUAUAUAAAAAGUUUAGGACAGCAGGCGUGGAAAGAUUCUUUAUUCUCUAGCUCCUCCUAGAGGGCACCUGUUGAAAAAUCUUUUACGUGCUUCUGAAAUUUCUCCUUGUCUGAAUUUCUCCCUGGGUUUUGGGAGUUGCAAAUUCCCUGUGCCUGCUUCUGAAAUGGAACCAAUGAGUUAA